AUGGCCGAUUCCUUAGAGGCCCAGGUGAGGGAGAGAGUAAGGCAGCAAGGGACAGGCUGGGUGGAUCAGCUUUUAGCUGAGCUGAUCCCCUCUCCAGCUGCAGCGGUGUCAGGUCGCAGCAGGAUUGCUGCGCGGAACACUGCUGCGGGUCCCGCUCGUCGUUCCCGCCCCCCCUCCCGACUCAGUCCAAGUCCCCCCAGGAGUAAAUCCAAGGGUGCGCCUCGUAAGGCGCCCGCCGUUGCCGCUUCUAGGAUUCCAGCGGGUAGCACGGUGACAGGAGCGCUUCCUCCUGUCACCACGCAUGUUAGGCCCCCAGUCACUAGAGCGCGGGCUGCUGCGCGCGCAGCAGUUCGCGCUUCCCCUCCCGCUGCCACUUCUGUUCAAACAGUGCGGCUGCCUCCUUCACCUAUGCUAGUUUCCCGUAGCUCCCCUCCACAAAAUGCUCGCAGGCUGCGCUCUGCGCAGACUGCUCCUGCCCCUUCAGUAACCCAGCACCCUGGGGCACGCAGUACACGGCAUACAGCCGUAACACAGCAGCAGGUGGCCCCAGUUUGUUCCUCUGCGGACAGUUCCCCCGCCCAUAUGUCAGGCAGCAAUAACUCUGGGGUUGGGGGGUUUCCUACAGCUAUGCAGGCUUUCCACCAUGCUGCCGCUUUACCCACCACUCACAGCACCCCUCUUUCACAUGCUACCCUAGCUGGCCGUGGCUCGGCAUCUCGGGGGGCUGACACGCGUAUUCGCACUAGCCCCACUAGUGGUCAUAGGAACAGAGGCGAACGACCCCCUAGGGAUACCAGGGGUAGGCGAGGUUCACGGGUCCAAUCCCCAGUACCCUCCUGUUCUUCCGCAUGGGUGUCUCCGAGGCCAUACUCCCCCUCCUCUUCCUCAAGAGGGAGUUCAGAGGAUCGACAGGGGAGCAAGCGUCGCAGAACACAUCAGGGUUCCAACCGGUUUCACAGCUCGUGCCGGGAUGACACCACCUCUCUUCAGCGGAGUCGGGAUGCUGCUACACCCUUGCCUUCAAGAUCGGUGGCAGAAAUUCCGGGAUUUAGUCCCAGAGGCGGAGUCCCGCGGACAGGAGUGCCCAACAACCUUAUGGGAGAUAGUGGAGCGCAGCUUAUGAACAUGGUCCGAACUUCGGUGGCUCCAGCCACUUGGGCGGCGCAUGGGCAUCUGCGUGCGACGGUUUGGAUGGUGGGCCAUUCCUAUAUUCGGCGGGCUGAACAGAGAGCGGCAUUUCGUCCAGGAGGAGACACUUUGGGUUUUACAGGGGUACAGUUUCAAUGGCGUGGCAUUGGCGGUUUGCGGUGGUUGCAGAUCUUACCAGAAGUAGUGGCAAUCAGCAGGGUUACACCGCCCCCGGUCAUAUUGGUCAUUCACGCCGGCGGCAACGAUCUAGGCAGGGUACGGGUAGCGGAGCUGUUGUCCCUCAUCAGGUCUGAUGUGGGCAGGUUUAACGCAUUUUUCUCGGAUAUGGUCUUAGUUUGGUCGGAAAUCGUUCCCCGGCUCUGCUGGAGGGGGGCGAGAGACCCGGGUGCUAUUGAGAGAGCCCGGCGCCUUCUUAAUUCCCGGAUUUCCCGCUUUGUUCGCGACAGGGGGGGUAUUGUAGUUCGCCAUAGACUAUUGGAAGGUAUUGAUCAGGGCCUCAUGUUACGAGAUGGCGUCCACUUGAAUGAUAUCGGCCUUGACAUUUUUCUUGCUGGUUUACAGGAUGGUAUUGGUGCUGCUCUUGUGCGUUUGGGUGGGGGUCGGAGUCCCGUGUAGGUGUACAGGUACUCCUCCGUGGCGGGGUAAAAGUGUCCUUGCCAUUGGUUAUCCAGACGGUAUUUGGAAUGACCUACAUGCCCACCGCGGCUGCGGUGGCUGGCAUUUGGAAAUUAAUGGUUGGUAAAUUAAUGGCAAGUUUUUUCUGUGUACGGUAUGAAUAAGAAUCUGUUUAAAUAAAAGCUGUGGCCGACCCUAACCCACUAAAAGGAAGUUUUGUUUCAGUGUUGUUAUUUACGCUAUGGGUUACAUUAGUUAACUGUUAAGUCAUCACACAUUAAGCAGGCAUGCCUCCUCACAGUCUGGAGGGCACCAAAGGGUGUAGCGAGGGUGCCAAUGACUGGGAGGAGGGAUGGCAGGCCAGGGGAUUGGUGAUUGGGGGUUUAGGCUAGAAUACUAUUGGUGGGAGCAGAAGGGGAGGGCAGAUAUAUAUACAGCAAGGAGUGCCUUACCUGCUUCCUCUUCCCUCAGGAUCCUGGAGCGCUGGUGGAGUUGCCCACCCACCCUCCCGUCCUUUACUACAGUCUGUUGUUUUUUCUGCAAGUUUUGUAUGUUUGUGUAAUAAAAAAAAAAAAAAAAAAAAA